CUACUUUCUACUCCUCCGUGAUCAGAAUCUCCACGCUCCUUCUCGGUUCCACGCAUCCACGACGCCGUCCAGACUACAGAUCACCCAGCCUCCAUCGGCGCCGUCUCCUUCGAAGCCACAUCUGCCAGUUUCCGCUGUCUCGGUGUAUAUGCAAAUUAGUGGACGUGUCAGAGAGAAGCUCCAACACGCAGGGAGCUACGUGUUGCCAACAGCACGUGGGGGUGUUAUUGUCACGUGGCGAAGUCUGCUUGCUUGGUGAUGCAAUUGUGGAGGGCGUGUUGACACGUGUCUUACUCUCGUUGGUUGGUGAAGCAACACGUGGGGGGCGUGCUGAGUCAGCAUGUGGAGGGCGUGUUACCACGUGUCUCAAUCUGGUUGGUUGGAGAUGCAACACGUGGAAGGCGUGAUGAGUGCUUCCCCUAUAUAAGACAAAGUUCGGUACCAUUUCAUUACGAAGAAGAGAGUUCUUUGAGUGUGUUGUUAGUGUAAUGGAGGGUACUGCAAAUUUGGUGGUGUAUCACAACGGUGAGAUUAUACAGAAUACUCAUGAGGGAGUGAGCUUUGCGUGUGAGAAUCCAUUUUCGUUUGUGGUUCCAUUUACCAUGACGUUCAUUGAGCUUCAAAACGGUCUCUGUCAAAGGAUGAAGAACGAUAUGCUGAGGAGAGUGAGCAAUAUUCUGUAUCGGAAUCCUGUUAUAAUUUUUGGUAGUCUAAUACAAUUUGAUAUUAUGCCGAUCAUUGAUGAAGCCAGUAUGCAGAAUAUGUUUCAUAUUCACCGGCAGACUCAAGUGCGACAGCCAAAGAUUGAGCUUUAUAUUGAGUUUGAAAAUGUAGAAGAUGGGAUUCAACAUUAUUCAGAUAUAGAGGAUGAUAGAGUUGAAGUGUACGAAGGAAUGAACAGUGAUAGCGAAGAGGUCUUCGAAGCUACUUAUGAAGCCGGCAACGAAGACAAGGAUGAUGCUGUGGGAGGUGAGGCAGCAGUGGAGAAUGUAGUGGUUCCUCCCGCAGUAAGUCAACCGAUGAGCGUUCCACCUUUUAUACGUAUCUUGGAUCUUAACGCUAUGCAUGUACCGGAAUUUUCCGAAUAUACAAACAUAGGUGUUGAUGAUCUUGAGGACGGGGAGUUUAGGAUCGGAAUGGAAUAUAGUUCUAGAAAGUCUGUCGUCACAGCAAUCAGAAGUUACACUAUUUCUAGAGGAGUCGACUAUAAUGUUUAUGAGUCUGAGCCACAGACAUUUUAUGCAAAAUGCAAGAUGUAUGGGCGUGGGUGCGACUGGCUUAUCCGAGCCAGCUUGAUACAGAAAAAAGGUUGUUGGGAGAUACAGAGAUACAACGGUAGGCACACAUGCACCAUGGGAACCAUUUCACAGGAUCAUUCCAAGUUGGAUUUGGACACAGUUGCUGAGACUAUAAGGCCGUUGAUUGAGACCGACCCGUCCAUCAAGGUCAAAUCUAUAAUUGCAGAAGUCCAGUCAAGGUUUAACUAUACCAUCAGUUAUCGAAAGGCUUGGUUGGCAAAGCAGAAGUCCAUAGCCAAAUUUUUCGGUAGUUGGAAGGAUUCUUACCAAGCUUUGCCAUGGUGGCUCUCGGUCAUGGUUCAGAAGAUUCCUGGCUCAGUUGUCCAAAUAGAAACACGACCCCUGUACAAUGGGAGUGAGGAGGCGGGCGGUGUCAAAAUACUUCAUCGUGUAUUUUGGAGUUUCAAUCCAUGCGUUAGGGCAUUCAAGCAUUGCAAGCCUCUAGUUCAGGUUGACGGCACACACCUAUACGGAAAAUACAAAGGUACACUUCUAGUUGCUGUUGCACAAGAUGGGAAUCAAAACAUUGUGCCUAUCGCUUUUGCCCUGGUGGAGGGGGAGACAGUUGAUGCGUGGCACUUCUUUCUCCGAAAUCUACGAAGUUAUGUUGUUAGAAGAGACGGUGUGGGUAUGAUCUCAGGCCUACAUGAGUCAAUCCGAACAGCAGUAAAUCGUUCAGGAGGUGAUUGGCAACCUCCAAGAGCAUGGUGGAUGUUUUGUAUAAGGCACAUCAGUAGCAACUUCUUAAAGGAAUUCAAAGUCCCGCACUUGCAAAAACUUGUUGUCAACAUAGGGUAUUCAAGGACGGUGGAGGAGUACAACAUCAACUAUAAGAGGUUGGAAGAGCGAGGAGAGGCAUAUGCUCGGUGGUGCGAUGCCAUUGGACUUAGACACUGGGUAUUGGCAUUUGAUGAGGGACAUCGAUGGGGCCAUAUGACGACAAACAUUGUCGAGUGCAUUAAUUCAGUGUUGAAGGGUGCCCGAAACCUCCCUGUGUUGGCGCUCGUCCGAGCAACAUAUUAUCGGUUAAAUGAACUAUUUACGCAGAAGAGUGCCGAGACCCACGAACGCAAGCGUGCUGGAUUUACUUAUUCUGUAUUUGCACAACAACGGAUAGAAGCAAAUAUGCAACAGGCUGGGAAUAUAGUUGUGCACCGGUUUGAUGGACGAAAUGACGUGUUUGAGGUGCGUGAAAUGCCUAGCGAAAAGGUGUUGGUAGUUGAUCUUGCACGACGAACGUGUGAUUGUGGGAACUUUCAGGUGGAACGAUUACCAUGUCGCCAUGUUAUUGCUUGUUGUGCUAACCGACGUCUCAAUUGGCAGUUGUAUGUGCAUGAUGUGUACAAGAUGACAGAGGUUCGUAAGGUCUAUAGAUUUGAGUUCAUGCCAUUAGGCGAUCCAGAGACAUGGCCUGAUUAUCAGGGACCCACAUUGGUCGCUAAUCCCGCCUUGAGGCGAAUGCCGAAAGGUAGUCCUAAAUUGACCUGAUACCUGUAUGAAAUGGACUCACGCGACAUGCGUGGUCCUUGGAUAUGCCAUCUCUGUGGUAGACAGGGUCAUAGUCAGAGUCGAUGUCUUCAGCGUGCUGGAUCGAGUGGUGCUAGUGACAAUGGUAGUCUAUAUAUCUUUGUUGGUCUUUGUGUUUGUAUGUUUAGGUUAAUUUUAUAAGUUAAUACUUUUUAUGUUCGUCGUGUUUGUAUUUUUAAAUUAGGAUUUAUCCAUUAAUGUUUUUCAUGUU